AUGUCUGUGCAAGAGAUAAUUAUGGUUUGUAUUACUUACCGCACAUUUCUUCCAUUUCGAAUUUUGUUUAUAAUUCACCAGUUUAUUGUAGCAUCUUGUUUGUGUGUGUGUUCGUGUGUGUACGUGUGUGUACCGAGCGACGAACUAACUGAGAUAACGAUGAACACGAACGACGAGUGUGGCAAUUCAUCCAUUGACGCCGUGGUGGUCGUCCACACAUCGGCCGACCAUUUCAAGCGCAGAGAGAGGUUCCGGAUGGCCUAUUCAAACUACAGUAACACUAAACCAUACAGACUCAAGGUGGUGUUCCUGAUUGGCAGUGUUCUUGAUGCCAACUUACAAAUCCAGCUGGAAAGGGAGAACAUGAUGUAUGGUGACACCGUUGUGGGAUCAUUUCUCGACACUUACCAGAACCUGACACUGAAGGCUGUAAUGGGUUUUCGAUGGCUGGCAUCUACCUGUCCCAACGUGAAGCUUCUAAUCAAAUUAGAUGACGACGUCUUCAUCGAUGUCCGCAAGUUUUUCACCAAUUACUGGGAGAAGGUAGCUAGCAACAACAAGAAACGUACCAUCCAUUGUCUCGUUUGGCACAAUGCUAGAGUCGGAAGAACUGGCAAAUGGAAGGUUGAGAAAGGGCUCUUUGCCAACGCUAGCUACCCGUUUCCAUACUGUGCAGGAUUUUUGACGCUAGUGACGCCAGAUCUAAUUGAGCCAAUGUACACAUAUGGCAAAUCGAUUGAUUUCUUCUGGAUCGAUGACGUCUUCCUCUACGGGAUGAUACCUUCAGUUAUCCAGGGAGUCAAUUUCGUUCAGCUAGGUCACAAUCCCAGAGUGAUGACCCAAAAUUACAAAGAAUAUAAACAGUGUCGGGAAUCCAAGGGUGUUGAUAAGUGCCCACUGUGGGCCACUUUAACAAACGGAGAAGACGAAAUUGACCAAGAGUUUGCAAUCAUUUCUGCUCCAAAACCUGUAUUUGACAAAACAGUGACAACCAAAAAACAGUAUUCGAAAGACAAUAAACAAACUGGAUUAAUUAUAACAAGCAAUUUAUCUCCAGUAAAUACUCAACAAAAAAAUUUACCAUCAAUCAAUAAAGUAUUUGUGAAAAUAAAACAAGUUUGA